CCAAACUUGCGUCCGGUACGUCCGUCUGCUACUAUCUGUGGUCCAAUCAAUAACUUACUUAAAUAAAAUAAAAACGAUCUUAUCUUUGUCUAUGAUCCAUGUCCGCGGUCCGCGAUGUUUGCCGGUUGUCGUGUGCUAAUAAUGUGAAAAACGGAAACGAUGGCUUGUAAAUAGUCGAAUAGUGAAUAAAAACAAUUGUUUAUAUCAUGGCCUCUUCAAUGGAUGAGUGUGUGCUGGAUUUUGAUAUUGAACUUCUCCAUCAACCAAGUAAAUAUGAACUGGAAAAGGCUUUACAUACAGUACGGGUCCUAAAAACUAAAAUAACUCGGACAAGUGAUGUCCUUAAAAAGUAUUACGCAAAAGUAGCAGAAUGCAAACAACUGGAAGACCUUGCCCUUGCAGCAAAGGAGGACUAUCAAAAUGCGUGUAUGGAAAACCUGACAUUUAGAGAGCACAGUGCUGGAUUGGAAGAGGAAAUCAAACGAGUGAAUGAAGCACAUAAAAUAUUAGGAGAAAAAUACAAUACUGUGCUUAACCAAUAUGAGGGAAUUCAAUCACAUUCAAAACAAUUGGAACUACUUGUGAAGGAAAAUGAAACUACAAUUGAAUCUUUUAAGAAUGGAAAUCAACUAGAAAAGUCAACUUUCAAAGAUUCAGAGAAAAAAUGUUUAUCACUUCAAAAAGAAAUAAAUUAUCUGAAAAGAAAUAUCUGCCGUGUCAAACACGUCGUCCUCGGAAAGAUUUUGAAUAAGUAUGGAAAUACAGAUGGCGGAAACGAAAAUGAUGGGGAGAACAGUUCUGAUGAGGAUACCUUUGAAGAUUGCCUUUCACCUUUGGGUGCAGAGCUUGAAAAUGUUCUGGGUUCACCAGCUGGAAACAAAGAUAAACCUGCACUCAAACUUCAAAGCAACAAUAUUAAUGAAGAAAAUACAAAUACCGAAGAUGAUUCUGAAAGUAGCACCGGAGUUGUCAGUUCAGAUACUGGCCGAGGCUCGUCAUUAGCGUGUAGCUUGGCCGGCUCUAUACUGAGUCCAGAGUAUUUCAUUCACCACAGCCCUUCAAGCGGUGAAAUCGUAGCUAGUAAAAAUAAAAUGGUUAUCAGUAUUGCCACAAGCCCUAUUUUAACACGGGAGGUCACUAGUAUUGCUACGAGUCCAAUCAUUUUUAAUGAUAUCAAAUCUAAAGAAAUGGAAACUGAACAUUCUGAACUAUCAAUUAAAGAAAGUUUGCACAAUAAAACAAAAUGCCCACCUAUUAUGAUUGACAGAGUAGUUAGUCCCAUAUUUGUAACUCAGUACACCGAUAUGUCAACAAGCACAGACAAACAUACAACCUGCGUGACCGGUAUUAGUCCACUCAAGCGAAGUCGAAGAAUAACUGACCGUAAUUCUACCAGCGAUCCCAACACUCAGGAGAAAGUGACCUUGGAUAUAAACAACAUCAACGAUUUCGACGACGAGAGUAGCGACGGAGAAAUUCAGAUGAUAUUCGAUAAAAUGCGGUUCAAUCAGAAUUUAAUAACGCCCCUUCCCACCACUCCUGCCAAAUCACGCACUGAGGUGGCAUCAAAUAUUGCCACACAAACCGUGCUACACACGGCCGGAGUGUGCCCGGACGCGGUCAAACUAAAGGAAGACAAUGCCGCCCUGAAAAACAAAGUAGAUAAACUAGCCCAGCAAGUUACGAGCAUGAACGAUACAUUUAUUAAAUGCUUCCUAUCGAUCCUCAAUGCGAACACUACGAACACCGAAGCACAAAAAAUGUUACGAGAGAAGUGUUCGCUGGAAGACGACAGAAUGAAUCUGUUCCAAAAUCUGGAACCUAAAGCGGCCAUCGUCGAACACAAAGAGAUGAUAGAUAAAUCCGACGUGAUCAAAAGGAUGGCCGGGUUCAAGGGUAGAAAAUCUAAAAUGAAAGAACUCUUCGACGACUCGUCGCCUCCGAGCCCCCGCGAUGUGGUCGCCCCGGAGCCACCGCUGUCGCCGUCCCGCUCGCUGCCGCUGUCACCGUCUCGCUCGCCGCCGCUGUCGCCGUCCCGCUCGCCGCCGCUGUCGCCGUCCCGCUCGCCGCUACUGUCGCUGUCCCGCUCGCGGCCGCUGUCGCCGUCCCGCUCGCCGCUACUGUCGCCGUCCCGCUCGCGGCCGAUGUCGCCGUCCCGCUCGCCGCCGCUGUCGCCGUCCCGCUCGCCGCCGCUGUCGCCGUCCCGCUCGCCGCCGCUGUCGCCGUCCCGCUCGCCGCCGCUGUCGCCAUCCCGCUCGCCGCCGCCACCACCCUCGACCCCGCCCCGGUCACCAUCCUUGUCGCCAGGGCCGGUGGACGCCGAUGAAAACACCUCAAACAUCAGUGAUCUGCAAAACAUUAGCUUCAAAUCCAAAGACAACUUGCAAUUUGAAGACCCGCUGUCAAACGAGGGAUCGUUAUCAGGUGAGGCGUUGUCCGACCGGGAGAUAUACGAACAUGAAAUUGUUGUCGAGUUGGCCCCGGAUUCGAAUGAAAGCGAUAGGAGUAGCCUGCAUGCGAUUCUGAUGGAGCAGCAACGAUCCCCUCCCGAAGAGAAACCUAUCAAAAGAACGCCAAAGAAGAGGUUGACAAAAUUAGAAAAACUCCGAAAGAACAUGGCGCCUCGCAGCAAGAUAACGAAGGAACGAUUGCCGGAAAGAAAAAGCCGACAAAAGUUACGUAUCCAGCCGAAGCGCUUGACGGCGAAUAAACAGAGGAUUCUGGACGAUUCCGUGUCCCCUGAUAAUAAUAAGGCCGCUUAUGAAAAAGCUUGUAAAGUUAUGGCCGAAUUGAAGUCUAAAGAAAAAGGUGCAAAGAAGAAAUCUACUUCCGUUUCCACUCCGAAAAAUAAUUCUCUGAAAUCUAUUGAAAUGUUGCCGUCCCCAGUUAUUGAAAGUGGCGUCGAAAUUCAUAGGCACGAACAAAGUAUUGUCCAUGAUAGCCUUGUGGUGGUAGAAAACAUGUCACCUGUAUCUCUAAAUAAAUUACGUGAAAAAAAUUGUCCUAUCAAAACUCGUAUGACCCCAGAUUAUACCAAACAAGGUAAUGAAAAUAAACACACUUCCAUAACUCCAUCAAAACCUAUUGAAAAUAUAAAAUGCGUUGCUGCAGGAAAGAAUGCAUCCUUGCCAGGACUUCGAACUCGCAAGCAAAGUAAAAGCGAAAGUGAACAAGACUGUAUUUCGGAAGUAACGCAUUUUAAUACAAAUCACUUGAAAUCUCCAGCUCUUAAAAGAUACGACAGAAAUGUAGUUCUUAAUAAACGUGAAACUAAUAAUAAUACGCAAAUUCAAAGCUUGGUACAACAUGAUAAUUGCAUCAUAUUAGAGGAUGAGAACGCGAAUACUGAGGCAGUGCAACUCGAAAACCGAAAACGGCUUAAGCGCCCGGCAUGUGAUAAACCAGGUAUUGCUCCGAAAAGAAUUUUACGAAGUUCAUCAACUCAUCAAUGUGAGAACGAAAAUGAAGAUAUGACUUCUGAAAAUUUACUUGACCAGAAAAUAGAAACAAAAAUACAAAGUGAAGUUGCUAAAGGUAUUAUUAGUUAUGAUGAUCUGGACCUAUUUAACAACACUGACGUCGACAAACCGGCUAAACGUGAUCAACCAAUGCCAGAUGUUAGUGGUAAUUCGGCAAAACAGUCAGAAAAUAAAAAAAAGCCUGGAAUUCUAUGCACUUUCAUAGAUAAAUAUGGCAGGAAAAGCAUGAAACAUGCUCCCAAAAUUCCAGAUAAUUCAAUCAGUGCAAUUUCUAAACAAUUAGAAGAUGGCGUGGCGCACAUACAGAAGCUCCCUCCUCAAGAUACAAAACAGGCAAUGGACAAAUUGGUCCAGGACUUGAUCACCAAACCGGCAGAUCAUUUUAUAUCUGGGCUUAUAAACUUCUUGAAGGAGCCUGCAAGAAAAAUUGAGUCAUAUAAUAAAAUUUACGUUCCACACGCACCACCUAUGACCAAAGUUGAGCAAAUACUCAUAUAUGUUGUGGCACAACUUAAACUUAACUGGGCCAAUUUCAAUGUAGUAGAAAGCACACUAAGCUUUAUUGAAUACACGCUAUUCAUGUUGAAUCGGACACCAGAAUUUGACGUUAUUGACACUUUGUCACAUUUUUAUGCUGUUUUAUGUAGAUAUAAUAAGGAUAGAAACCGCCUGAGGCUAUUUAUAAUAGACGCCAUGUAUUGUCUUCAGUAUAAAGCAGUGCCGCUUAUAAAACAGUGCAUGGAGGUGUGGAUGCACAUUUUACCGUUGGCGCAUAUGGGACUUGCUAAAAAUCCCUUGGUCCAAUGUCUUGUCUACCUACUGCACUUCUACAAAUGUGAAGAUAAAUUCAAUAGAGUGCAAGAAAUUAGAAACAUACUCCAUAGGAAGUAUUCCUAUGAAGUCUCAGAGUGGAAUGAACCUGGCAUUCUUGAGAUGAUUCGAACCUCUAUUCUGGAAUUGAGAGACAUUUCAGGUGAAAAGAAAAUGGUAAGAAUGUCUCUCAUAAUCAUUGCAAAGAGGAAUGGCGCACAAUGGUGUCAAAAGCAUAUAAUUAAAAACAUGCUGCUGCCGAUUAUCGAACAAGCCAGUGUACCUGAGAGAAUCAAACAGUUCUGUGUGGCUUUGCUGGGACCAUUGCUGAAGCCGUUCCCUAUGGAAAUGAAAGUUCAUUGUGAGAUUGUAAUGAACCAGUUGUUUGAUAUUCUGGACAGUAAUCCUUCGCCACAAAUGGAGGAGGCGGUUUUCACAAGCUUAAUAUUCAUGAGUCGACACAACCUAUACCGGGUGAUCAGAGCAUUGCUUUGCUGGACUCCAGAGAGUAUCUCACCGGAAUUUGAGGAACUAAUGAGGAACUUUGUUAGAGAAAGGCCAGUGAAGUCGUGGAGGCAGGUGGUAUCGAAAAUCUUUAUUCACAACUAAACAAUUCAACUUGUGUGCCUGUGUGCGGACUAUAGUGGAAAUUAUUUUAAGUGAAAGACAAUAUUCUAAUUUCUUAUAACUUUGACUCUUAUAUGUAGGUCAAGUUAAGCUAAGCGAAUAUGAAUUAUUAAAGAAGGUUGCCCAAAGCACCUUAGUACUGCAACCUAAUUAAGUACCUAAGUAUAUUAUGUAAGAAACUAAGCUUAGCUUAAGGAGCUUGAGUCAUGUAAAUAGUAUCUUUAAUUACACUACAUCUGUGAUCGAGUAAGAUUUAAUUUCGUUUACUUCAUUUUCGAAGUACCUAAAAUUAAAUAAAUGGUAAUAAAAUAAUAUAAAACUAACUAAA